UCGCCUCGCCCAACACAAGGGCAAGUGCGCGAUCCGCGGCCGGGCGCACGCACGCACCCCCGACGAAAUUAACCACAAGCUUGUCACGGGAGAGAUCGAUGCCCUAGCCGCAGUGAAAGCGAAAGGAAAAUCUAGCGGACGACGAGACCGUGAUUAGGAGGAAUUGGAACGUCUGCGGCCGGCUAAGCGGUAACCAUGGCGGAGCGGAGGAUCGGCGUGGCGAUGGACUUCUCGCCGAGCAGCAAGAAGGCGCUGCGGUGGGCGACCGACAACCUGGUCUGCAAGGGCGACACGCUCGUGCUCCUCCACAUCCGCCACCACCGCAAGGAUGAGGCGAAGAACACCCUCUGGUCCCGCACCGGAUCGCCGCUGAUCCCGCUCGAGGAGCUCAUGGAUCCGCCUGUGAGGCAGCGCUACGACAUGCCGGAGGACCCCGAGGUGUUCGACACGCUCAGCGCCGUGGCCCGGCAGAAAGAGCUGUGCGUGGUGAUCAAGAUGUACUGGGGUGACCCGAGGGAGAAGGUGUGCGACGCCGUGGAGGAGCUCCAUCUCGAGUCGCUCGUCAUGGGCAGCCGUGGCCUUGGAUCUGUCCAAAGGAUUCUGCUGGGAAGUGUGACGAAUUAUGUGCUGUCGAAUGCAUCAUGCCCUGUGACCGUCGUCAAGUCAAAGUAGUGGCUGGCCUUCCCAGCAAUAUGAAUCUGCAAUUAAGCUUGACAAACCCAAACAAUUUGCCCGAUACUAUUGCACCUUACUUUCAGCUGUUAGCACUCCACAAUUUGUUUGAUCUCUAGUUGUUGUAACUGGACAUGUUUUGUUUUUUCUUUGUGGCGAAACUGCUCAGCUUGUAUCAAUACAGGAGAAAGUCUCUGUGGACAGCAUCAUGGCUAAACCAUUUAACAGAGGAUGAUUCUGCUUGUGGUCUAAA